AUGCCGUGCUGCAUCGCCACGCUGCACUAUCUUGCAUGUCAGCACCACAAGCUUUACAAGCUUCGUUGCACGACUUAUAGAUGCGAUCUGCAGUCCAUCUGCCCCCGGAAGCUCCAGCAUGUUCUUGUGCAAGCCAAGUGUAGAUGGUCAUGCGAAGAAUGCCUCCGUCGUCGAUACAAGGCCGAAGACGAUGAGCGUUUCAACACGUGGGCCGCAAAGAUGAGGAGGCUGGCAGAUGACGGAAACUUGAGCGAGGAAACAUGGAACUUUCUUGUCCAGAACACUGAAGAAAGAAUUGAUUUUGUAGAAGCUAGGCUGCAAAAGGCGCGCAAGAGCCAGGUCCUUGAAAUUCAACGGGCUGAAAAAUGGCUGCGGGAUUAUGCAUCGACAACUCUCGAAUUACUAUACGGAGAGGAGGACUUUGAUGAUAGCGAUUCAUACGAUACAUAUGACGAAGACGAGUCCAUGUCGGGACUCCAAGAAGAGCAGCCUCAAGUCUCCCGCCUGGAUGAUUUUCCCAUGCAAGAUUCGGAACCCGAACAACAAACAGGGGGACAGGAACAGCAAGAAGAGCAGCACGACAGCGUCAUGGAAGAUCAAGCGGAAAUAUCCCCAGACCCAAACCACAACAAAUACAAAGCAGAGAAGCUGGCUAAACUCGACAACUUGCUCCUGGCUCAGAAGCACGACUUGAUCAUCGUCCGAGAUGCAUCUCGAACCGUCAAGGGCCAGCAGGCAGAUGCGGCUCCUGAGGAUCAGCCUCCCAGCUCGGCCGCUGCCUCCAGCCUUGGCACAAUGCCAGCCGGUCAAACACAAACGCUGGCCCCAAGGCGUAGUGAUUCACCAGCCGUCCCCGUUUUUCAAGGGGCAUAUUUGGAUGGGAUGCGUGCCCAAGGGAGAUUGUAG